UGAUGUGGUUUAUGAAGAUGACUUUCACUCAAGAACAAACUACUUCAUGUUGAAUAACUCCAUAAGUCUAAUGACAACUUUUCUUCUCUCAAAGAAGAAUGAAAAGCUUCAUGUGGUAAAUCUCUGAAUCAUGUUUGUGAAAAUGAUAUGGUAAACCAAAGGCCAAAUCCGUCGUUUUGUGAACACAAAAGAUCAUGAGAGUGUGAGCCCAGAUUGUAACUCUUUUGCUGGAUAAGAGCCAUGGGCAAAGAGCAGGACCUUCUUCUGGCUGUGAAGAAUGGAGACCUUCCCUUAGCUCAUAAACUCCUUGCCAAGAUCAAGACCAACCGAAACAAGUUACUGGGCUCCACAAAGAGGCUGAAUGUCAACUACCAAGACCAAGAUGGAUUUUCAGCACUUCAUCACGCUGCUCUCACUGGCACCACUGAUCUUCUGUCUCUGCUGUUGGAGGCACAAGCCACUGUGGACAUCAAAGACAGUAAUGGUAUGCGUCCUUUGCACUACGCUGCCUGGCAGGGGAAGGCUGAUUCUGUUCUUAUGUUACUGAGAGCUGGAGCGUCGGUGAACGUAGCCUCGCAAGACGGACAGAUCCCUCUCCACCUGUCUGCACAGUAUGGACACUAUGAGGUGUCUGAAAUGCUGCUGCAACACCAAUCCAACCCCUGCACUGUCAACAAGGCGAAGAAGACACCUCUGGACCUGGCUUGUGAGUUUGGAAGACUCCGGGUGACCCAGCUGCUGUUAAGCAGUAACAUGGUGGUGGCUCUCUUAGAAGGGAAUGGCAGAGAUAACACUCCCCUACACCUUGCUGCCCGCAAUGGCCAUAAAGACAUCAUCAGACUGCUGCUGAAGGCUGGGAUUGACAUCAACAGAACCACUAAAUCGGGAACGGCUCUGCAUGAGGCUGCCUUGUACGGGAAGACGGAAGUAGUCAAAUUAUUGCUUGAUGCUGGAAUUGAUGUGAACAUCAGAAACACCUACAGUCAAACAGCUCUGGACAUUGUGAACCAGUUCACCACUUCACACGCCAGCAAAGAAAUCAAACAACUCCUUAGAGAUGCCAGUGGAGCUUUGCAGGUGAGAGCGCUGAAGGACUAUUGGAAUCUACACGACCCCACUGCACUCAACAUCCGGGCGGGAGAUGUGAUCAUGGUCUUAGAGCAGCACAUGGAUGGACGCUGGAAAGGGCACAUCCAUGACAGUCAGAGGGGCACGGAUCGUGUGGGAUUCUUCCCUCCGUCCAUCGUGGAGGUUAUUAGUCGGAGAUCAGGGGGCGCUCUCUCCCGACAGGCUUCACUACCCAUCCAGAGACAUCACAUUCUAUCCAGGGCUCUGCCCCCACACAGUUCUCAUCACACCCCUCACACUGAUGACACCUACACCCUAUACUCAUCCACCCGGCCUGUCCUGACUCACCAGAAUGGGCUGGAUCAGCAGCACACAGGUCCGCUUCCCGACAGUCCAGCUAGUCCCAGAGAGUCAGAGGAUAUUUGGGUCCUCAGGACCUUUCUCAAUGCAGGAGAUAGAAACAGUGUUGGGAGUUCAGGGAGCAUGGGCAGCAGUCGCAGUGCCGGCAGUGGACAGAGCUCUGAAGGACCGCAUCAGUCACCUACUGCUGUCCAAGACACCACAAAGCUGCCUCCCUCUGCUGGUGAAGGGGUAGAACUGUGCUCUCAACCACCUGAUCCCAAACAGGCAAACCCUUAUUCAGGGGCUCUUGGCCGUAGGGUGCUUCUGAGUGGCUCCAGAACCGGAGAGCAACAUGUCAUUCAUCCACAACAGCUUCUGGAUGGCCGGGAUGCUGAGGCUAUUUAUCAGUGGCUGAGUGAGUUUCAGCUGGAGCAGUACACGUCUAAUUUCCUCAAGUCUGGAUAUGAUGUGCCCACUAUGAGCAGAAUGACCCCUGAGGAUCUCACUGCUAUUGGUGUUACAAAGCCAGGUCAUCGCAAGAAGAUCUCAAUGGAGAUCAGCUACUUGAACAUUCCAGAGUGGUUGCCGGAUUAUAUUCCAUCUGAUAUUGGCAAAUGGCUCAGUGCUAUAGGGCUGCCACAAUACCAGAAAAAGCUGGCAGAGAAUGGGUAUGACUCCAUCAGCAUAGUGCAGGAUAUCACAUGGGAAGAUCUGCAGGAAAUUGGCAUCACUAAACUGGGCCAUCAGAAGAAGCUGAUGCUCGCUGUGAAGAAGCUCAGUGAUGUGCAGAAGGCUCGUAAGAUCCAGGCUGAAAGUCAAGCAUUGCUGCAGCACAGGAGAGCUCCUCCUGCCCUCGAGCUGGUGGCCAUCGAGCACCACGAGAACCCAGACUGUCCUUCCUCCCCUCUGUCGCCAAAGAUGCUCACCUUUCAGGACAGUGAGCUGAGCGCCGAGCUGCAGAACGCCAUGGCCCGGAGCGGUUACUCGGGUGGCCAGGAUGGUUUCUGUAGCGCGGGUGGAGCAUCCAUGCGCCUCAGUCAAGAGAGCAUCGGCACACGAUCGGGGGGUUCUGGACAGUCACAGGAACGCCCGAUGGCAUCUGUAACGCCCCACAGUCGAUCGCAGGAGAGUUUGGGAAGUGUAGACAGCAGCCGCAUUAAGGAGCAGGAUGGAAGCCAGAUGUCACCUGGUAAAAUGACACCGGAGUUGCCGACGAGGACACCGCCUGUAAUCGCAAGUAAAGCGGCACGUUUUGUAUACCCACCUGUUGUGAGCAAGCCCAAACCAGUUGUGUCUCCCUCCAAACCCCAUCACGGCUCACCGCACGGAUCACCUCCCCAAAGAGGUUUCAGCUACCUUAAGCAUCAAAACAACAACAUGGGAAGCCCAGUCCCGGUUAGAGCUCUACAGCCGAACGGAGAGGCAUCCCGGUCCAAAAAGCGAAGCCAGAGUCUUUCUCGCCAUGCGCUUUCAGAUGGGGAGAAUGAAGAUGAUGACAUAUCUACACCUACUGCAUCUGCAAAUCUGUCAUCGUACGUCACCCUCACUCGAAAGCCCGGACGUAGCCAGACAGCUUACGGCUGUGGUGAGCGUCAGGUGGCCCGCAGUCAUUCCUUCGCCAUACGUUCUAAGAGGAAGGGUCCUCCACCUCCCCCUCCAAAGCGACUGAGUUCUGCCCCGAGCGGGGUCAGUACAAGUGGGGUUGAAAUGGAAAGCGUGGGAAGCGUUAGAAGCAUCGCGGCCCGAUUGGAGAACAAUGCAGUGAGCCCUAGUAAGGCAUGCAACAGCCUUUUGUUUAGAACCGGCUCACCAGCCACCCCACCAAGAAAUUUGGGAAACCGUAUUAAAACUGUCAGUGAAUCUUCAGUUAACCAAGCUGAAAACAAGGAAGCUUUGAGCAAUCACAAACAAAGAGGUUCACAAUCUUCAACAGGAAGCUCACAGGAGAGCAUACCUUUCGCUGAAGAAGGCAAAGUGACCAUCAAACAAAGGACCAAAAUAUCAACCAAUAAGAAUGGGUCUGAGACUGGUGUUAAGAUUCUAAGGCCAGCACAGCCUAUCAAAUCACCCUUAGAGUUGCCGGAGUUUCACUUAAAAGAAUCAGACACUGUCAAAAGGAGACACAAGCCAAAAGAACUUCAGACCAAGGGUCAAGGCGCAAGCAUGCGUGCCGGAAACGUGACCGCCGCUGAGACCGAGAUGGUCUCGCAGCGCAUGCAUAAUGGCAACUUGACUGAAAAUCCAUACAAACCGAGUCUGUCUCCCAAACCGGUUUCUCCGCAUAAACCUCAAACUCCUUCUAAGCCCACACGCUAUUCUGCUUCAUCAACCUCAGGCGUGACAGUUUGUGUCGCACAGAGUGUGGCAUUCGCCCUUUCACCUCCAUGCACUUCGCCAGUUCGAUGUCCCUUAAACAAAGGACAACAUCAAAAUCAGUCUGUGCUGGCUGGAAAGUCACAGGCCGUGUCGGUCGUCCAAGAUGAGCUUGUACAUAAACGUCUAGAGCAAACCAGCACGUCCCUGGAAGCAGCGCUUAAAGUUGUGGAAAGGAAAUUGGCUCAGGAGGAUCCAAGAGAAAGUGGCAUCAAUACGGUGAAGUCAGCUGGGAAUAUUCUUGAUGAUAUAGGAAACAUGUUUGAUGAUCUAGCGGACCAGCUGGAAGCCAUGUUGGAUUGACUUGACUCAAAUACAGCAUGGGGCCUACAUAUGGACUCCUCUUGAUGUGUGAGAUGCAAUGCUGGGUUUGGAGACAAUCAAACUUUACACAACGUAUUCGUUUACAGGGCACUUUUGUAAAAAAGUAUUGGUUGCAUUACCCAAUUUAAAGGGUGAAAAAUUGCAAAAAUCAUGGCUGUUUCUUUUAUGAUACAUCCAUCUGCAGUUGACUGGGCAAACACUGAAACAUAUUUGCUGCUUUCUGUAUCUUUGGCUUAUUGGACAGAAUGUGUUUUAUCAUAAGCACUUACUAUUAAAGCUCUUCAUGCAGAGACACUUUCAUUUCCUGUUGUGCUCAGACUUUAGCCUCUAGCAAUGGAUAUACAAUGCAAAGGCUGAAAGUGUGAUGCAAGUUCAAUUCUGUGUUUGAAAUGCUCAGACAUUCAGUAUCAUUCUAUGAAUUUUCUUGUCUUUAGACUGAACACAAUAGAGGGAAUUAUUUAUAUAACAGAGGGAGAUAAACCAAAAAACUUUAUCGUUUGUUGUUAUGACACCUCAUUGACCAAGUAUGUUUGACUAAUAUUACUGUAACCGUGUCAUUGAAAAGAGGACGGGGCAGUAAACAGAACAGUCAUCUGUUUAAAGUUUUUACUGUGCUGUAUAUCUUUAAUUUCACUGUGCGUUGUAUAAUGUUUGGAACGUUGCAUAGCAGUUAACUAUGUUAGGAAAUAACCUUUCUUUACACGUUAUAGUAAUAGUAUAUUUUGAUAACCAUUGCGUUUUGGAAGAUAAAGCAUAUUGGAUGGAUCACUUCUAAUGUAUAUGUAUUUUUAUAAGAAUUAUAAUUUAUUUGAUUUGUGCAGUGACAAAGAAAAGUCCCUUUUUGUAAAUGGUCACCUGGACUAAACCAGGGAAAAUAGAUUAAAAUGAACCAUAUGAAAAUACAUUUUUCAAACACAAAUGACCAAAAAGGACCUGAAAUCUGUGUUAUUAGCUUUAAUAAGACAUGCGACACAUGUGGUUAAAACACACAAUGAUGGUACGACCUAUACUUCUACGAUCUGAUACUCAGGCUGAGAAAUGGAAAAAUAAAAGCUUAUAUACCUUCUCACUUCUGCGACCCAUGCACUUUUCCCAAAGUUAUAUAGUGUAUGCACUGUAUGUAUCUUUUAUUGUAUACAUUUAUUUUUGUUAACCAGUUCUUGUUUAUUCUGCAUGUACUGUACGCUGGUAAGAUGACCAGUUCUUGACUGAAAGAGACUAUCCUCUAACUGUUUGAUGUUACCUAUAUUGCUAAAAAGAGAAAUAUGUGGAAUAACUCUUGGCUGAAAGAAGGCCAGAGCAACAUGGUCUUGCAUGUUUUAUAACAAUCUGAAAUGCUUUUGUAUGAUAUGGAAUGAUAUUUUGAUGGACUUUAUAAAAGCAGCACUUACUGGUGCUGUACUUUUUACACUG